CGCACCUUGCCAUUCCCACAGCAUUCCCUGCCGCGACAUGCCAGAUGGACGAGCCCGUGCGUGAGUCGUUUCAUGACCACGGUGACCUCUCGGCGCGGCUCUCGCAGCACAACUUCCGCACGCCGGCGCCCGAGAGCUGCUGCGACGUCGUCCUGCGCGUCGACGGCGUUCGCUUCUACGCGCACCGCUUCCUCCUCGCCGCGUCGUCCAAGCCGCUGCGCAUCAUGCUGACGGGCUCGAUGCGCGAGGCGAAAGAGAUGGAGGUGACGAUCCACGACAUCAAGAGCUACAUCAUGGAACAGCUCCUCGAGUUCAUCUACACGGGCGACGUCGAGCUGAGCACGGAGACCGUCGUGCAGACGAUGACGGCGGCCGAGGUAUACGAGCUGGCCGCGUUACGGGACGUGUGCAAGCACUUUGCGCUGCGCCACGCCAAGCACGUCUUCAAGGCGCAGAUGAUUGAGGUGCUGCCGGAAAAGUUGCUGUGCGACCUCGUCGCCCACGACGACUUGGCGAUACGCGAAGCCGACCUCCUCGACGCCGUGCUCGCGUGGGCCGAAGCGCGCUACGACAGCGUGGCCGAGGACGUCGAAGACACGACUGCCCACGGCGCCGGUAUCCAGCUCAUCUUGCAGGACGUGUGGCCGCUGAUUCGGUUUCCGACGAUGAGCGUGCGUAUGCUGUACGGUACGGUGCGGCCGCUCGUGCGCGACCACUUCAUUCCCGAGUACUUGCUCACGGAAGCGCUCUUCUUCCACCUCAAUUGGGGCGCGGCGCAGUCGCCCGACCACCAGAAGCGCAUGACUCCACGCACGUGUUCGGCGGCCACGCGCAAGCGCAAGCGGGUCUCGUUCAUUCAAACCGUCUCGUUCGACACGCCGCCCGAGCGAGGCGCCGACGAGCCGUUGCCGUAAUCCUAGCAGACCAGUAAUAGGACGCUCUUGCGUCUCUGCUUUCUCGUCACCACUGCGUGCAUCAACG